AUGACGUAAUUGAACCCGAUUCAAUGCGGAAGUAAGAUAAAGAAAAACAAACGAGCCACCACUCAUAGAGUAGGGACAGAACAGGCUUCACACUUUGAGUGUCAGUGUGCUGGACAUUAACAUCGACAACAUCAGUAAAAGAUGGAGUUCUUAUUUGGGAAGAGAAAGACCCCAGAAGAGAUGCUCAGACAGAACCAGAGAGCAUUGACCAGAGCCAUGAGAGAGCUAGACAGAGAACGACAGAGGAUGGAACAGCAGGAAAAGAAAAUCAUAGCUGAUAUUAAGAAAAUGGCAAAACAGGGACAGAUGGAUGCUGUUAAGAUCAUGGCUAAGGACUUGGUUCGCACCAGGAGAUACGUUAAGAAGUUCAUCAUGAUGAGAGCCAAUAUCCAAGCAGUCAGCCUCAAAAUCCAAACCCUGAAGUCAAACAACAGCAUGGCACAAGCCAUGAAAGGAGUUACCAAAGCCAUGGCCACAAUGAACAGACAGUUAAAGUUGCCACAAAUUCAGAAGAUCAUGAUGGAGUUUGAACGCCAAAGUGAAAUUAUGGACAUGAAAGAAGAAAUGAUGAAUGAUGCCAUCGAUGAUGCAAUGGGAGAUGAGGAUGAUGAAGAGGAAAGUGAUGCUGUGGUUUCCCAAGUGCUGGAUGAGUUGGGUCUGAAUCUUUCAGAUGAACUUUCAGGCCUGCCAUCUACUGGGGGAAGUCUCUCCGUUGCUGCUGGGAAGAAAGCGGAGCCACAGCCAACUUUGGCAGAUGCAGAUGCUGACCUGGAAGAAAGACUAAAUAACCUCAGAAGAGACUGAGGGAGAAGGCUUUAGGGUGGAAGUAUGCAAAAAGUUUUCUAACAGCUUACUAUAGUGUUCAGAGAUUAAAUAAGAGGACACAUGGACAUUGGAUAUGGUUUCUGUUUUGUCUUAGGCAUUCUUAUGUGAAUGCUUGUACUCAUUUUUUUCUACUGUAAAUGUGCUGUUUGUUAUUCUACCAAACAAGUGCUCAAAACAAAGAUUUUGAUCCUUAUGAAGUUUUCAGCACCUUGCUGGAAUUAGCCGAGGUAUAAACACUAAAUAGUACUAUAAAAAAUAUAUACAAUUGACUGAUAGGUAUUGAAAUACAUCUUAAUAAAGCUGUUAUUUUAUAUAAUCAAUGUAUAACUUGUUCUGGUUCUAGUUCAUGAUCAGAAAUUCUGCGUAUUCUUUAGGAAGUUUCACACAACAAUAUGUACUGGGCCAUUGGGUUGCAUGUAUCUAAAAUCAUUAAAACAUUUAAAAAUUAAUUGGUGGUGAAAGAGCUAAGAGAUAUGAUUAUUGGUAUACUUAAGUAAGGUAUUUAUCCAGGUGAUGUAAUGGGGAUGUUUUGCCUUGUUUUCUUUCUUAAUAAAUAUUUUUCACAUUUA